GUAUUUAUCAAUUUUCUGGCGAAAGUGGGAAAAAGAGAUAACACCCCUAAUACUGGAAAACUAAGAGAGACAUCGUUAAAUUUUUGGAAGAUGUUAUGUAUAAAUGCCCGAUUGAGCCAUCCUUUAAGUAGCCGUUAUGUGUCCUCGGAGCAGGCUAUCUCGAGCUAAGUGGAAAGUACAUGCACUAGUUAUAAGAAAGAGCCCUGAUUGAGCAAUAGUUUGAGAAGGAAUUGUAAAAUUUUGAAUGUCUCUGCUAUGACAAUGUCAUAAGAGGGUAAUGCCUAGGUAACGGGCAAAUCCAAUGAACCGAUUCUUUUUUUUCUAUUUAUUUAUUUAUUUUUCAUUAUGCGCACAGAAGAAAUUUCUUUAAUUUGUCCUCCUCGAUUUUGAUUCUCGUCUCUGAAUAUCAAAGUACUUCAAAUUAUCUUCUCAUUGAUCGAAACGAACGUUUUUGAUAGGCGGAGAUCUAUCGGUUAAAAUUGAAUGAUCGUUCUUUCCCCUUCGUUUUAGUAACAAAUAAAUUCUGUUUAUGUUCAAAAAGUGACAUACUAUAGCUCUCAUAACAUACUGAGAAGUCAUGUGGAUAUCACAUGAGGGCUGAUGAAUCGGCUUUUUCUUUAAAUAAAAUAAGUAAAAUUUUUACUAACCUUGAAUAUUGUUACGUCUAACGUUGAGAACACGUCUCUAGCAAAGCUGCAACGUAGACUCUUCAGGAAAGAGGGCCCAACGAACAACUGUCACUAGUGCCAGGUACGAUCAAGAACAUUAUGGAAUAUUUUUGUCACGAAAGUGACAAAUUCGUCCUGUCACGCAAGUUGGAAAGUAAUCUUCUACACAAGACAUCCUAAAACUUUGGUUCUGUCUUGGCCACUUUACCAUAAAAUUAAAAUCAAGUUAUCUCUUUUUGCUUCAAAAUAUUUUGAAUCAUGCCCGAGAAAUUUCUCUCGGUGAUGUCAGAGAUGUGUUAUUUUUGGUUGUAACAAACUCUGCGACAGCUUACGUAACUUCCGGAAUUGAGAAGCGGCCUUCUUUGAGAAAAUGACCCUCUCUUUGAUUGCACGGCAGAGUAAGACGAACUUCAUGAACGCUUAAAGAGAGCUCGUAUAAGGAGAAGUUUCUCUUGGAUGAGAGCAUAAUGGAUCAGAACGUGAGCAUAAAACGAGAACAGGUGGACCAUGGAGUAGGUGAGUUUUUGAUUCAGGUGGUUUCAUCGACUUAACAACGAGCUCACUUUUCCCUGCAGACCACGAGGUUGACCACCAAGUAUGCUCUGUCUGCUUUAUUUUCUUCCCUCCUUUAAGCUGAGAUUAAUUCGUCGCAAGUGUAGCCGUUUCUGUAAAAUGUAAACACACACUGAGCGAAAAGGAAAGCCAAUUUUACUUCAGUAAAGGCUGAUCUCUGGCUGAUACGUUGUUUACGAAGAAAAUUACCAAUUAUCAGUCAUCAAAGACUUGAUGUCCCACUGAGAGUUGAACCAAAGUAAUUAACCAUAAAUUGGAUGAUGUUCACUGUAUCCGAUUUUAACAUUACUACGAGAUCACACUGUCUUGAUACACUAUAGCGAAAGUAUUUCAGACCUUGGACGCAACAGAACAUAUCGUGGGAUUAUCUUAAUUUCCACGCCUUUCCUUUGAUUCGCUCUGCUUGAUGGGCUGUAAAAAAUGUUUUGCUGAUGCAUUUUGUGAACUGGACAGCGCAACUUCCCUUUACUUCUUUUCGUGCUUUAACACAUCAUGAACUCUAUACUCGUAUUUUGUGUUAUUUGAAAAAACUCUUAGUAUGGAAAAUAACUGUGUGCUUCGUGAAAAAUCCAUCUAUCUGGUAAAUCACUUGCUUCCAUAGCGCUUUCUCUUUUGUAACCUUCGUGGAACCCGCCCUCCUCUUUUCUUAAAUGAGAUUGGUAGCCGUUGGGAAACUGGCGUCAUGUACCAUUCACAAGUUGUGAACUGAAUCUGAUAUACUGAAAGACGUUGUUUUUAAAUUGUGAGUUUGGGCCACUUCCUGAUUGGUCCUUCUUUCUCUCCCCCGUCUCCCCCUCAUAUAUUAGCUGUACAGUGAUCUGGACAAUCAUCUUUCAACACUCUUUUGAAAAAACAAACAUUAGUUUUGAUGAACCAACUGAAAAAUUUGUAUCGGCUACCUGACUGUUUACAGAGUCAGAGACUCCUAGCUCUGUAACACAGCCGCCCAAUUAUUAACAAACGGACAAAUAAAAAAUUCUCUUAACAGAUGAGGGAAGUUUAAGGCAAUCAGGAACUGUAGGAAGGAAGGCACCGGGGCCAAAACAGGACAGAAAAGGAUUACGUCGCAAGCGAACAGCCUUCACAGUACGGCAACUGGAGAGGAUGCAGUCGGUGUUUCAGUGGAAUAAGUAUCCCGGAGUAACAAUUCGUGAGGCGCUAGCCGCGGAACUGGGAGUCAGUGAGGCGUGUGUACAGGUCAGACCUUGUUAUUCAAACAUUUAAAUUUCCAAUAUAUUAUUGUUAAUUCUUCUAGUUAUACAUUUUUCUCGAUGUUUUUAGUAGAAUGCUUUCUAAUGCCACCGCUAAUUACCAGGUUCCAGUAUGAAGAAUAAAUACGUUCAUUUUCAGCUGCUUUACGUCAUUCGCUCAACUUUGACAUUCUAAGUCAAUCUUUAUUUGAGUAGCCGCUCGCUAAAAGCUGAAGCUAGGAUUUCCGUCAUCUACAAUUUUGUCAAAUGAACUUCUUAAUAGACCUCGCUCACUGUGGAGUCUCUUUGGCUCAGUGGUAGAGCAUCGGAGCGCGGAAUCCGAAGGUUAGCCUGCAAAGCAGGCGUAAUUUAGGCUAGCGAGUGCUAAGUAAUUUCAUAACGAAUAUUAUGGUCACCAUCUUUGAUUUUAAUGGCAGCGGAAGGCUGGGGAGAGGAAAAAUUUAUACCAAGGGGGCGGUCGACGGUCAAAAAUAAGGAGAGGGAUGGGGGUAGGGAAGUGAAGAUUUCUCCCCUUCCCCGCCCCCCGUCCACUCUAACUGCAAAUCAAAAAUCGCCGGUGGAACAAACGAUCGCGAGCUUUUAGUGUUAGCUCGCACUAACAAGACGCCUGUACUGCAGGCUAUCCGAAGGUCUGAGGUUCGAUUCCUCAUGGGUACUCAGAAUUUUUCUUUGUCCCACGCUGGUGACAAGACGAAAAACAUAUUUCUUUAAUUUUAGGUUUGGUUUCAAAAUCGUCGAUCCAAAUGGCGCAAGAGAGAAAGCAAUAUUCGACCGAUACGCUGCGAGGAGCGUCCUGAUGUGUGCGCAUUUUAUACCUAUAAUAACGCUGAGCGACGUUGGCCUCUUCCACGGGCGCACAAUUACUGCUCGUGUCAAGUUAAGUCUCAUACCGUGUUUGGAGUAGCACCAGUUACAGCUGGCUCCAUGAGUGCUGGCUUAGCUACUGACAGCCGACUUACCACUUGUCCUUCUUUACACCCGAUGCAUGUACUGUCAAAUGAGCAAGGAGAAGAGAGAGAAGAACGUACUGGAAUUCUGAAACCAAAUGGUGCAGGCCCGAGAUUCACUCAUCCUAGUCUAAGUUCGAGAAGUCAGAAAGAAGUUUUUUCAGGAGAGCGUUCAGCAGAUGAACUCAUCAGUGCAAAUGGACUUCUGUGCAUGUAUUCAAUGCCAGGUAACUAAGUUCAGAAAUCAAAAGGCCAAGAUGUACGAGAAGAGAUCAGAAGACCCGUCGCAAUUUGCUGCAGAUCCAUCCUGAAUGCCUGUAUAUAUGUAGGCAUCCUGAACAUUCAAUUACAGUAUAAGAGAAAUUGAAGCUAUGUAACCAGAAUUUGAACCUACGUGCAUUAACGAUAUGAUUUAAUCUUGGGGAGGAUUUAUCAUUAUAAUGAACAUUAUAACUUGUGUUAUUAGGCUUUGGUAUUUGUCAUGUAGUUUGAGCCUCGGCUAUGCCUCCACCCAUUUAAUUCCUAUGAUGAUUGAUCAAAUUUUCUGAUAAAAAAAAUGUAUAAGCUCUACAUUUUACGAGAGAAGGACGAAGCUAAAAUCAUCUGCCUGGAAAUUAUAUGUCUGAGUCAUCAUUAACUUAUCAGAACGAAAAUUGCCAGAAAUCUAUGUCAAACUUUAAGGGUAACUGGUAAUGUGUUUAGAUUCACGUACAAUAUUUUGUUUAAUGAGUUUAGCCCGCUACAACAUACUAAGUUUUUCUGAUCCAGUCUUAAGCGAUCAGUUUCUAGGUAUCUACCCACUCAAAAAAUUGCUCCAGUUGUUUUCUCUCAAAAAAUGUCAAAACGCGUCUGAUCAUUUCCGAUUCCUUUUGGAAAUAUGCCUUAACCCUUUAAAACCUAAGAGUGACUAAAGUCUAAUUUCUCCUCACAAUAAGACCCCCGAAUCACACAUUAGGGUCACGAGAAUAAAGGAAAUGAUCAGCAGCCAAAGAAGCCCUUGAUUGUUCAACAAAUUCUCCUUGUCAGCGCGUUAGUAAGUGUAUAGAGAACAAUACGGAGAAUAUGCAAACUAAUGUUGGGGUGUAAAGAGUUAAGGUUGGUGAUGGUUCAACAUAAGACUUUAAAGGUUAACCUCAUCUUUUCUCUUCCAUAUAUUAUUUUCUUUUUAAUUUAGGUGCAUCUUAAAUACUCUGCUAUGUUACGCUUGGAGUUAUGUACUUAUAAACUGCUUUAAGGCACUAAAAUCACUCAUAAUGUAAAUACUGCAGAAAAAGCUUCUCAAGUUACCAGUUCUCUACUGGCCAGCAAUAUAAUAUCGAGGACUUUCUCUUUACGAGAGAAAAUUCGUCGUGAAAAACGCUGUUAUUGGUGGUGAAAAAUAUCUCAAAAGUGUAGUUUCGAUGGAGAAAGUGAGUCCAAGAGAAGGGCACCCUAGAAGUGGAAUUAGGAAUAAUUUGUCAAUAAAAUUGCGGCACGGUGC